AUGGCAAAGGCGGUAGGGAGGCCAGUUAGGUUUGACCAACGCACCAAGAAUGUAAUAUAUGGAAAUUUUGCUCGGGUUUUGGUGGAGAUGGAGGUGGCAGCCCCAAGGCCUGAAGAAAUUCAAGUGGAACGCAAGCAACCUGGGACUGCGAACUUAUUUGUUUUCAAGCAACAAUUGAUCUAUGAGGACUCAUUGCGGAUAUGUGGUUUCUGCAAAAAAAAAAGGGGGCACCAACUGAAUGAUUACCGAGAGAAGAAGGCCUAUGAUGAAUGUCAGAACACUUUGGACAAGACUGGGAUCCCAGGAGCAAUGUAUGGGGAAGAUAGAGUCAACUCGGUAACGAGUAACUCACCUGGUCGAGCCAUGCGUUUUUUGGAAAGAGAUGAUCACAAUAUUUCAAAUUCCAAUUUGAAUUUGAAUAUUGCCUCUCAUAUCUCUCCUAGUACUGAAAGAGGGGAGACAGAUCAUGUGGGGGAGAAAUCAAUUAAGGAAGCUUCUCUUGGUGAGGAGGUGCAGGUUAGGGAAGAAACAAAUAUGGAAUCCUCUAAUUCUGAGUAUGAAGAGGUUUCCUCUGGCCCUGAGGUGGACCAAUCCGGCUCUGACUCUAGCUCUAAGACUGGUUCGGAAUCAGACCAGUCCAAAAAUUUGAAGGAAGGGGAAUUGAACCAGGUUGGUCCCACACCUGGUCUAGCAGUGCAACAGGAAAAUCGUGUUGUAGCACCUUCUUCUCAGGGUGCAUUGAGGGUUGUCACCCGUGCUAAGAGAACUGGGGUGAUCCUAGGGGGUAACCGUGGAGGACUGGCAGGAAGGGGUGGUCAUACCUCCUCCAAUAAGGUGCAUUUGGGCCCUCUGCAAUUUCCAUUGAGCAGAAUGGAGGUUGCUCGUAUGGGGGUACACGCUGUUGACAAAUAG